AUGCAAUUAAACGACCGUGUUUCUGGGAAAAAAAUCACAUGCUUAUUCUAUAUAAAAUACCCAUUUUCUCUCUCCUCUAACCUCUCACCAUUUUCUGAAUCAUCAAAAACCUCUCACUCUCUCUCCUCCAUUGAUGUCACUCCUUCUCUCUCCUCCCAAACAAUCCAGCCUCCUCCCCUCCACUUUUCGUCGCAGCCGUCGAUUUUCUCUAGCUACGACCAAACAACCGCGCCACCUCCCAAGCGAGCCACCGCCUUCUCCGCCACCGGCGCUAACGCCUUCUCCGAACAUCGACAAACGCUUCUCCGAACGUCGUCGCUAACGCCGAAGAAAUCUGGAAGAAAAAGUUCAAUAAGAAUGCGACAACAAACGAAGAAGACUGAUUUAGAAAUGGAAGAUAUGGUAUUAAGAGAGGCUGUAAGAAUUGAAGAAGAAUUGAAGGCAUGAGCAACCAAGAAAGAAUCUACAAAUAAGUAAGAAAAAGAAAGAGAAAAGAGAUCGUUGUAGCGAAAAAAGUGAAAGCCGAAAGGAAGGAAGCUGAAAAAUUAGAAGCCUAGAAAGAGAAGAGGCAACAACCACUUAAAUAGAG